GGGACCGCCCUGCCCGCCGCCCGGGACCCCCGAGCGGUGCAGGCCGGCCUCCUUCCGCCGGCCAUGCGCUCUUCCGGCUCCUGCGGCUCCCACAGUCGCGGCCGGGCUCCGGCCAGCCCGAGAGACACAAAACCGACUCCAAUGUGAGAAUGGCCGUGACUUUGGAAGAAGCUCCCUGGCUGGGCUGGAUGGUGGUGAAAGCCCUGAUGAGGUUUGCCUUCAUGGUCGCCAACAACCUGGUUGCUAUUCCGUCCUACAUCUGCUACCUGAUUAUACUGCAGCCCCUUCGAAUGCUGGACAGUAAACGGUUCUGGUAUAUUGAAGGAGUCAUCUAUAAAUGGCUUUUAGGAAUGGUGGCUUCCUGGGGAUGGUCUGCUGGAUACACAGUGAUGGAAUGGGGAGAAGACAUCAAAGCAAUUUCAAACGAUGAAGCAGUGAUGUUGGUGAACCAUCAGGCAACAGGAGACGUGUGUGUGCUGAUGAUGUGCCUGCAGGACAAAGGACUGGUUGUUGCUCAAAUGAUGUGGUUGAUGGAUCAUAUUUUCAAGUACACAAACUUUGGAAUUGUUUCUCUGAUACAUGGGGACUUUUUUAUACGACAGGGAAGAUCCCAUCGUGAACAACAGCUGCUGGUUCUGAAGAAGCACCUGGAGCAGAGUUAUAGGAGCAGAGAUCGAAAGUGGGUCGUUCUGUUUCCUGAAGGCGGCUUCCUCAGGAAGAGGAGAGAAACAAGCCAAGCAUUUGCCAAGAAAAAUAACUUGCCAUUUCUUAAGCAUGUCACUUUGCCACGGUUUGGGGCAACAAAAAUUAUUUUGAAUGCACUUGUAGCAAGACAGGAAAAUGGAAGCCCAGCAGGAGGAGAUGCUAAAGAAUUAGAGUGCAAAUCAAAAGGCCUCCAGUGGAUAAUAGAUACAACUAUAGCUUAUCCCAAAGCAGAACCUAUAGACAUUCAAACCUGGAUCCUUGGAUACAGGAAACCAACAGUUACUCAUGUUCAUUACAGGGUUUUUCCAAUUAAAGAUGUGCCCCUGGAAACCGAUGGCCUUGCCAGUUGGCUCUAUCAACGGUUUAUUGAAAAAGAGGACCUCUUAUCACAUUUUUAUGAAACAGGAGCCUUUCCCCCUUCCCAAGGCCAGAAGGAAGCUGUUUCCAAGGAGAUGACCCUCAGCAACAUGUGGAUAUUCCUCAUACAGUCCUUUGCAUUUCUGUCAGGCUACAUGUGGUACAACAUCCUUCAGUAUGUUUACCAUUGCCUGUUUUAGGAACUGACUUGGACUUGUCAAAGGCCUCAUAGGAGUUCAGACUUUCAUGUGUGUGCAUUGUUUUACAUGUGCAAAUCAAAAUACAAAAAAACAGAAAAGGAAAUUCAAUGGAUGGAUUAGUGUUUAUCCCCCUUUGGGAUAUUUUAAACUCUACUAUGAGGAGGAUCAGUAAUUUAACGAUGUGCUAAUAUAUUUUAAGAAUUUUUCAUGUUUUAAAACGAUACACUCUACCAUCUCUUUAAGCAAACAUUACAUGUGAAGGAGAUCGUAACCCCUAGGAGACCUCUGAAAGAAGCUGCCCCUGGACACACGUGUUCACUUAGUUCAGGUCAGAAGCUGUGCUCCUGUCUCCUGGCCUGCCGCCUCUGUCAGUGCAGAGCUGUGCUGCGCCUCAUGUCCACCACCUGCUGAGGCGUUGCUAGCCUGGGAGCUGGUGAGCACUCCCUGUUCAACCAACUGCAGUCCUCGAGCCUGGCAGAGGUGGGAAGCAGAGUCCACUGAACACCUGUCAUCACUGUGUUCUUCAGAGGCUAGCUCAGUCCAGCACCAUGUUUACACGUGCGGUGCUUUCCCUUCUGCUGGGGGGUGGGCACCCAAUUUCUCUUUUUGUAUAGAAGGCAUAUCAUAGAUUGAUAAUUGUAUUUUACAAAAUGCACUUUUAUCAGAUGCAAAUAUAGCAAAGGAUAGUAACAUAGCCAGAAAACAAAGGGAAGCCUCGUCUGCGAGCCGGCUCUCAGGAGGCUUGCCUGUCUGCGUGCUUGCCUACAACCCUGUCCAGUACCACUCUCCACGGUCACCUCCCGGACGCCAUGUUCCUCUUGGCAGCUGGAUGCCGUUUCCCCAUCUUGACAUAGUAGCUCUAAAUGCACUUGGAGGUGGCUAAAGCAAUUUAUGUAAGACAUUUAAGUGAUCAGUUUAAGGGGAAAUAGACUAGUUUAUUAGGAAAAUAAUAGGUAGAGCCAAAACUUGGUACAGCAUUUGACAGGGUCUCCUAUGGCCCCUGGCAGCUAUGCAGGUAUCAUUGAGUUCUGUCACUCUACCCAGCGGCCACCCUGGGGUGACAUCACCCGGAGCCAGCCAUACAGAAGCUUCCCAGUCUCUUCCUGUUGCUUUUGAAGGUUAAGUCAAGUUUCUGUGGUUUCUAGAAAACUUUUUUUUUUUUAAUUUGUCACUAUGUUCAUGUGAGUUACCUCAUAGGAGAACCAAGCCCUUCACAGGCAGGGAAGCACCAUGGCAGUACUGAAGUUGGGAAGGUCUGGGCUUCAGGGCCGUAGGACUCUCAAGGUCCAGUAAGAAUAAGUCAGUAGUUUCUGUGACAUCAGUGCUAUAGAUGCCCCUAAUGUCACUAGUUGCUCACAUAGCAACUCUGAGAAGCAGGCUGCAAAGCAAAAAUAAGGCCAGUGUUUUCUGUUUCAAAUAAACCAAAAAAAAAAAAAAAAAA